AGAACAAUGAUCUGCUACGGCCGAGGUGUUGGUCCUACCGUGUUUAAGGUCUGCUUUAUGUUCACGAAUGCGGUCCGAGAUAUGGCGUUUGGUUUCUCCAAUGAGAUCAGAAGAUGGAUUUUGUUAUAAAGCGCGUACGCGUGGGAAGGGUGAUGGCUCUGCUUGGAGGGGGGGGGGAGGUGUAAGAGGGCCUUCAUCCAGCAGUGGAUCGAUCAUGGCUGAUGAUGCUGAUGUUGACCGUGUCACGGCCGAGAGUGUUUCCAAACAAGUACAGAAAAUCCACAUGGAAUUGCAUCCCAAUCGUUUUAUAGACAAUCUCAUCAUUAUUUCCCCCCCCCACCAAACACAUUUUAGUGCCUUGAUCGAAACCGCAAUCAUUGAAGAUAAACGUCCGUUGGAGAGCGUUACGGAAUUCAUCCUCGUGUGCAUACUAUUUUCUUCAUUUUCACCUUGAUUCAACACUCCCACCCCCACUCCCUCCUCUCCCUCGCCCUCUGACCACCACCUCAGCAAUUUGACAAGUGCAAUGUUCCAAAGUACACGACUUGUACCUUUCUCGGCAAGAUAAAUCGCAACAUUAGUCACCCGUCCGCUCGACUCAACCCGUCAUUCGACAACUACUGCGGUCAAUUCAUCUCCUCGGCCGACGGCAAGGAUCGUUGAUCAUGGGUGAGAAAUGUGAUCAUCAUCAGCAGUUCCAAUACCGAGACGGGACGCUCUUCUGCGAAGAACUAAGCCUCAUUGAUCUCGCCGAACAGCUGCGGAACAGCGGAUGCCCGCACGAGUCCGAGCCGCCAGAAGAUGUUACCGACCUGGUGUUCCAGGAGGACCUCUCCCCCCCACUCCACGAGGGCUGGCCCCCACUCGAUCAGGAGUCCCGUGACAGCGGCCGUGCGGCCGAUUGCCCCGACAGCCGCCAGUCGUCCGCAUUGUUCAGAGCUCCCUGCACGCCGUUCUUCGUCUACAGCCGCGCGCAAAUCGUGGAGAACGUGCGCGCCUACCAGCGAGCGCUGCGCGCCAGCGGAUUUCGAGCGACCCUCAACUACUCGGUGAAGGCCAACGGAAACCCGCAUCUGCUCAAGGUCAUAAGCUCCCUGGGCUGUGGAGCCACGGCCGUGAGCGGCAACGAGAUCCGCCUGGCGCUGCUGUCGGGGUUUGAGCCACGGCGCAUCCUGCUCAACGGCAACGGCAAGAGGCGCGACGAGAUCGCCCUCGCCGUCGCCCGCGGCUGCUCGCUCAACGUCGACUCGCCGUUCGACGCGCGCAGAAUCGGCGACGUGGCCUCCUCGGUGACGGGCCCCGCGCCGCGCGUGCCCGUGCUGGCGCGAGUCAACCCGGACGUGGACCCCAGCGUCCACCCGUACGUCGCCACGGGCCUCGCCUCGUCCAAGUUCGGCGUGUCGCGCGGGCCGUCUUUCGACGCCCUCCUCGACGCGGUGAGGACCAACCCGCGCCUGGAGCUCUGCGGCCUCCACUGCCACCUCGGCUCCACCGUGAGGGACCUGGGGGCCUUCCGGGCGGCGGUGGCCUUCGUGGCGCGUACGGCGACGGAGCUGCGCUCGGGGGGCGCCUUCCCGGCGCUGCGGGUGCUCAACUUCGGCGGCGGGCUGGACAUCGACUACCGGCGCGACGGGACGAGCGCCGCGCCAUCCCCCGACGAGCUGGUGGCGGCCGUGCGCGACGAGCUGCGUCUCUCGUGGCAGGGCGCGCCGGAGGACGUGGAGGUGGUGCUGGAGCCGGGCCGAUCCAUCGUGGGCGACGCCGCCGUGCUGGUGACGGAGGUGCUGGGCGUGAAAUCCGCCAGAGACAAGGAGUUCCUUGUUGUGGAUGCGGCGAUGACCGACGUGAUGCGGCCCAGCCUGUACGGGGCGUAUCACCAUGCGCAGCUUGUGCAGGACCCCCCGGGAGAGCCGAGCUAUGCCAUCUUCGACGUGGUCGGCCCCGUGUGCGAGUCGGCCGACUUCCUCGCUCGGGACCGGCGCCUGCCGCGGCCUGACCUGGUGCCGGGACCCGGUGGCGCCCGGCCGCAGCCGCUGCUGGCGCUGUUCGACGUGGGCGCCUACUGCUCGUCCAUGGCCUCCAACUACAACGCGCGGGCCCGCGCCGCCGAGCUGCUGGUGAGCGGGGCGCGCUGGAGGCUCGUGCGGCGCGCCGACUCGUUCCGCGACCUCGUCGCUCCGUUCUCGGGGCUGCAGGGAUGCGGGGGGCCCCGGCCGUGAAACCCGCGCCCCACCACCCCCACCAACAAGUCGGCCAACUUGACGCGGUCAUCAGAUUUUGUUGCCGUUGUCUUCGCCGUCAUCGGCAGCGGCAUCGUCUUCGUCGAUGGCGUCGUCACUCUCGUAAUCAACGGUGGGGUGGGCUGUGUGCAGUUUCCUCGUCGUUCUCAUGAUCAUUGUUAUCAUUACAAUCAGAGCAUUGUGGGUUUUUUUAAAUCACUGCCAUUGUCACUUACUAUCGGCGAGUCAUCAUCAUUUUCAUCCCAUACAAAACCCUCAUGUCAUCUGUUACAGAACCCUUGUCGAAUACCAAACAAUUCUCAUUUCAUCUGAUACAAACUCCUCUUUUUAUCCAAUAAAAUAAUAGAAUUCUCAUCUCACACCACUACAAAAGUCAUCCCAUCCAGCAGGACCCUCGUCCUCACUGCGGUAUCAGUGUUGACGAUCUCCCACAGAACUCUCCCUAAAAAAAAAAUGCUUCUCUCAACUACGACAACCAUGUCCCAUUGUGGCGCCUUAGUUUAUUCAGUCGCCGGCCGACUCCUCUGACCCGUAAAAAAAAACACACGCUUUAAGAAAACACGCCGUAGCCUCCGCGAGAAUGUAUAGAGUUCACCGGCAGCCAAAGACUCAUUUCGGGGAAACAAGCCACGACCGGUUCGACGCCGAACCGGCCGUUGCCGGCUUUGCAGCGCGAGAACAAACGCGAAGCCGUCAAGAGGCGAUCGUGAAUCCGCGUCUCCCUUACGAGCCACAAGUCGGCGGGGAAAUGAAAUCGCGGCGGGCGAAGGGCAUUUGUCAGUCGUUGCAGCCGUCUGCUUAGUGCCGCGUUCCUUAAAAUAACUUCCCGCCGGUUCGCUCUGGGUUUAAAUGACCGUCGGUCGCCGACCCCCGGGCCACUGCGGUGACAUUUUGAAAGUUUGAAAAUGCAUUGCAGGUUUCAGAAGCCAGAGCGCCGUUGCAAAGUUGAACGCUGUUGUUUCGAGUCGGCGAAGCCACGCGCAACCAACCCAAUAAAGGGCUGGCUUCCCGCUGUCGUCUUGUGGUUCAGCGUCACAGUGGCGAGAUGCGGUUCUUAGAAUUGUGGCCGUUUGGCCAUUCUUGGGCCAACGAGAAAACCUUCACGUGCUCUACGCAUGCACGCACGCAUGCACGCACACCAGGCGGACGGACGUUAGAGAAACGCGUCGACAAUCGCCACGUGUGUUAUGACGCACAGAUCCGUAUAAAACUGGCGGAGAAAUGUUGCGCGGAUCCGUAUAACAAAAAAUAAAGUUACGUACCCUGGGAAAUAGAGAAUUCUUGAUUUGAAGCUUUCCAUACUCUUUGGUUCUUUCGGUAAAGUCACGUAGGUAGAAAAUAAAAUAAAAAAUAAUAUAUCACAAUAUAUUUUCUUUUUCUACCUAAAUAGAUCAUUGUUCAGAGAGAGCAGGACGUUCCAAACGUCGCGCGCAAAGACGUUAACUUAGCCCUUUACGGGAUGAUAAAAGGGAAAUAAAUAUCUCUGGACAACAUCAAAUCAGCAGAACUAUUUUCGCUCUAUUUUCACACAAAUUAAAAAAAACGCAUUAAAAAAAGACUCGAUCUACCCUUGUAAAUGUUGCCAUCUCAUUACGAGAGGGAGAAUGUUUACACAAAAAUAAAGCACCUCAAUCGUAGAAUCGUUUUGUCAGUUUUAAAAGACAAUACUGAUUUCAAGAACUUCAGACUUAUCGGACGCUUAUCACACACACACAUAUAGUCCAUGACUUUCUUGGAGAACUGAGCAAUGUACAAACACAUGAACAAGUUAGAUUUUGAAAAGCCCUUGCUACCACUUGCUACAUACAUACAAACUAUCAUUCACAUUCGAUAAAACACAUUAAUAUAAACAUGCCACGAUGCCUGGCUUUUAUAAUUAGAAGACUAUGUAAAAGGCAGUUGAUUCAGUGAAAACUGAUAUAGUCAUAAAAGCUCUAGAAAACCAAGGCCUCCAUAAGGACAUGGGCCCUCCCUUGCCGGUAUCAAUAUAUAAGAAUAGGUGUUACCCUUUGUGGCAAUAAAACAGUUGUGUUAAGAUGUUAAAACACCAAACUCAAACCUUUUGCAAGGAACCAUGUCUGCAUUAACCACACAUCCUUGUGGUGAACAUGCAAACAAAAAUAUGCUCUGAUAGUAUAUGAUGCAUUGUCUUUGAAACUGAUUGGUCCACACCAGAGACAGUUUUCUUUAGAGCCUAGUCUCAAGCAGUAUUAGACCAGUGGACGCCAAAAGACGAACCGCACAUGUGUGUUUUUGCUUGCAUGUUCAAGUAUGUGGUUAAUAUACACCUGAUGAUGUUUGCUUGUGUUGCAGUCGAAACGUCGUGAGAAUUGUAUUGUCUUAUAUUUUAAUUAUUUUAUUGUUUCCCUUCUACGUGACUUUACCGAAAGAACCAAGAAUAUGAAUCCCUGCAGUCACGAAAAGCUUUAAAUCAAAAUUUAUAUGUGGUUAAUGCAGACAAUUCCUUGCAAAAGGUUUCAGUUUGGUGUUUGGAGAAGUAAUUUAUCGGACCUGGGGGGCAGGGCACGGCUAGAAAGGAUGCCGGCAAAUGAACGAGACGGGCGAAGGAAUGGUAGCGAAAGCAGAAAAGGCGCCCGAGAGCACCGACACCGAGGACGUGGAGCGGUGAAAUCGGCGCGCGUGCAGCAGCAGCAAGGCGAAUCGUCACGUCACGGGACCGCCGCGCGAGUUGGCAAUGUCGUGGGGAGGCCUUCAUUCGGCAGUGGAUGGAUCGUGGUUGAUGACGAAUGCAGAGAGAAUAUACUGUCAUGUGGUUACACGACACACAUUGCAAUUUUUUGUUUGUUAUAAACACAAAUACUCUGGGUGCACUCAUUACGCAAAAUAUUACAUUGGCAGUGCACCAAUUCACCUGUCGGCCACCGCCACCAACAACCAGUCAAGGGCAAUCGUCGACAUCUAGCCCCAACCUUACAAAGACCCCCCCCCCAUACAGUCUUAGCAGACUGUUGGGGCAAGUGCUGCUAGCGAGCACCCUAUGAAGGCCGGCACGGCACACGAGGGGGCGGUGUGGUCAGCACCACGCCCUGGCCGCCUUUCGUCUCCCCCAGCUGCGACGUUUACACGCCGCACCACGUGCUCGUUUGAGGCCCAGUCGACCUAGGGGAGGCCCAGGAGCGAAAACAGUUACCCACACACUGCGUCAGCAUGUGGGGGGGGGGGGGGGGCUUGUGCGUCAGCGCUUUGGAAGGAAGUGUCGGUGGAUCACGCUGAAUUGCGACGCUUCAAAUCCGGCCGGGCUUGGGAGGCAGCUCGUACAGCAAGUGGGUUUGUGAACCCGUCUGUGGAGACCUCCGUUCUUUACCCCCCUGGGCACUCUGAAGAUUCCUCCCCCAACGCCAAAUAAAGCUCCUCUCGGAGGAAUCCUCCUCGCGAAUAGUGUCUUGAGAUUUCAUUGCGACAUUCCUUAAUUUCAGCAAGCGGGUUUUGUGAAUUAAAAUGUUGCGUGGUCCUUCCCCGCAUCUCCGAUGAGCAUGGUUGCCUACGUAGGGUGCGAAAGAAGUUAAACAAAGCAUACAUUGCAUUUCUGGUGACGUUACUGAUUACCGAAACAAUGACAAUCCCAAACCUGGCAUGGGAUUGGGAGUGUUUAUUCUUAAGCAUUCGUCUCGUGCCUGUGACCACAUCACCUGGAAUACGUUCCAAUCUCGUCAGAUUUUGAAAGCCAAGCCGGGUUGAGCCUGGGUAUCGCUUGGAUGGACGACCUCCAUGCAUGACGGGCGUUAAUAUCGAUAUGCCGCGGAGCCACGUGGUGUGAUGUCAGAGGCCAGUGCGGCAAAACACAUUGUUGUACUGCACACGACAGAACGUCUACGGCGCCCCGGCUUCACAAACCCACACCGGCCGGCGUGGUGAAGCAUGUUCAAUAUAACGCCCCGAUCGUCAAGUGGAUUCACAUUGAUGUUGUUUUGAUUUAAAGCUUUCGUAACUGCAGGGAUUCAUAUUCUU